AUGGAUGCUGCCCUGUACCCCAGCCCUGCCCAGGAAUCCCCCAACUGGCAGGUUCCCCUGGAAAACUGCACAGUGGCUCUGCAGCCCCUGCUCCCCUCCCUGGUGGGCCCACCCUGGGAGAUCCUGCUCCUGCCAGGGACCCUGAAGAAAAGAGCCCAUGGUCUGGACAAAGGUGAUGCUUUGGAUUUCACUUUUGGUCAGUUUGGCAUCCUGAUGCACAGCUCUGCCUCUGGGCCUGCAGGUGCUCUGCAAGAUCUCACCUUGUCACAGCAGCCCUCAUCCACCUGGAAGGGCACGGAGCUCCUGACGGCCAUGCCCACGGCCCCAGAGCCCAGCGGCACAGAUAACACCGCCACCUCCACGUCCGUCCUGCCGGCUGGAGAGAGGCCUGAGGACAGAGAGGCAGUGCUUCCGGGAGAGGUGGAGCCUGGCUUCACGGCCAGGGAGAAGGAGACCACCCACCCACCCGGUGAGACCACGCCACAGCCGACCACUCACCAGGCAUCAACAGCAAGAGCCACCACGGCCCAGGGGCCUGUCACCUCCCAUCCCCACAGGGACAUGAAGCCUGACCACCAUGAGACCUCAGCUCCUGCAGGACCCAGCCAGCUCGACUCUCACGCGCCCAGCGUGGAGGACCGUGGUCCUUCUGCCACUGAGAAGGCUGCCGAGGAUGGGGUCUCCACUCAGCUCCCAGCAGGAGAGGGCUCUGGGGAGCAGGACUUCACCUUUGACAUAUCUGGGGAGAACACAGCCGUGGCCGCUGUGGAGCCCGACCAGCGGAAUCAGCCCCCAGUGGACCGUGGGGCCACGGGGGCCUCCCAGGGCCUCCUGGACCGGAAGGAAGUGCUGGGAGGGGUCAUCGCUGGAGGCCUCGUGGGGCUCAUCUUCGCCGUGUGCCUGGUGGGUUUCAUGCUGUACCGGAUGAAGAAGAAGGACGAGGGCAGCUACUCCUUGGAGGAGCCCAAACAAGCCAACGGCGGGGCCUACCAGAAGCCCAGCAAACAGGAGGAGUUCUACGCCUGA